AUUAAAAAGGUAAAUAGUCAGACAUCUACAAUACAGUAAUAGUUGCAUUUGCUCAUUAUCUUGCAGAGAAGAUAAAAAAGAAGAAUGAAGGUUUCUAUUUGUUUAGUCGCAAGUCUGUUGUUGGUGUUUGUUGGAGUCAACAUGGCUAAUGCCGAAAUUAUGGAGGAGAAUGAGCUGGCCCACAAUCUGGUGAAAAGAAGUAGACCUGGACCACCAUGUGUGAAUGACAGACAAAGUUGUCGGUAUAAAAAAUGUUGUUCUAGUUCUACAUGCGUUUACGGAUCCUGCAAGGCAUGUAACCCAAGGAAAUGCAAAAAGACCCGUGAUUGCUGUGAUGAUUCUAGCUGCGUUUACGGAAACUGCAAGUCCUGUCUACCAAGAACAUGUAAAAAGACACGUGACUGCUGUAGAAAUUCAAAGUGUGUUAAUGGAAACUGCAAGUCAUGCAGAGGGAUAACCUGUCAAAGAAAAAACGACUGCUGUGAAGGAUAUACCUGUUCCUACAAGAAAUGUGUGAGGAAGGAUUAA